AUGGCGGUGGUGCCCUCAGCCCCUGAGCAUGUUAGUGUAUCUGUUUUAUCAGAUACAGCAGUUGCCGUGCUUUGGUCAGAUCCUUUGGAACCCAACGGGCCUUUAGGAGAGCUUCGAUAUCAGGUGGAGAUAAAUGGGAAUAUUUUCAGACCAGGAAUUCCAGUCAAAAUACACUCCAAAAAUGAACAAAAGAGUUUUCAAAUUGACAAUCUUCAGGGUGGAAGAGACUACACUUUAAGGGUACUCAGCUUUCCACCAGUUGGUGGUAGUUUCAGCGGCAGUCUGAAAGUUUCAGCCACUACAUUCUCAAGCCCAAUAUCUCCUAUUGUUCUCUUUGUGAGUAACACAACGGCAAACAUUUCAUGCGAACUUCCCAAAAACGAGAAUGUGAAAAAUUAUUGGAUUGAACUUUGGCAGAAUGAUACAUUCUCAAAGACCAAUAACUCAAAUAUUUGGGCAACAGUACACCAAGGGCCAUGCAACACCAGUGUCUGCUCUUGGCAUUAUGGAGGUCUCCAGGGAAUAUACCAGUUCCGAGUUGCUGCAGUAAAUAGCCUUGGGGCAGGCAAUUUCAGUGACAUCAGUAAAGACUUUGUUUUGUUCCAUAAUGGAUGCAGACUGAAUAAGAAUAAACAAAGGGGCAAUACAACCACUUUUCAUGUGAAUUACCAUCCAGAUUUAGAACUGGCACAUAUUCGAGGAAUGCAUACUGCUGUUAUCCAAACUAAUGUCUGGUAUUCAUCCAGCUACCUGCCCACACAACUAGAGUUGGAGUCUCUUCCUAUUUUUCCAAGGGAUCAACUUACCUUGAUGAGCUUCCUUGGAAGUGGAGCUUUUGGGGAAGUUUUUGAAGGUGUGGCAAAAGAUAUCAUGGCUCCAGGCACAGGAAAUCUAAAGGUGGCAGUGAAAACGCUGAGAAAAGGAGCAACUGAUUUAGAGAAAUCAGAAUUUCUUAAGGAGGCUUGUUUAAUGAGCCAUUUUGAUCACCCUCACAUUAUAAAACUUUGGGGAGUCUGCCUGCAGAAUGAGCCACAGUUCCUUUUGCUGGAAUUAAUGGAAGGGAAAGAUUUACUCAGUUUUCUUCGUGGAGCUCGGGGAACUCCAUACCAAGACCCUCUCCUUGGUAUUGGUGACUUGAUUGCUAUUUGUAUUGAUGUAGCAAGAGGAUGUACCUACUUAGAGAAAAUGCACUUUGUUCACAGAGACCUUGCUGCCAGAAACUGCUUAGUUUCUGUGAAGGAAUAUACUAGCCAUUCCCGUAAGGUAAAAAUUGGUGACUUUGGUUUAGCCAGAGAUAUUUACAAGAAUGACUAUUACCGUAAAGAAGGAGAAAGUCUACUUCCUGUCAGAUGGAUGGCACCUGAGAGUCUGAUUGAUGGUGUGUUCACAAAUCAGUCUGAUGUCUGGUCUUUUGGUGUUCUGAUGUGGGAGGUCAUGACUUUAGGACAACAGCCAUAUCCAGCUCGAACUAACCCUGAAGUUUUACAUUUUGUAAGAAGUGGUGGAAGACUUGAGAGGCCUUGCAAUUGCCCUGAUAAUAUGUAA